AUGGCAUUUGCACCUGUCGUGACCUUCAAGGAAAACACAGCCGGGAGGGCUGCCUCCACAGCUGAGCCGAGCCCCAUAUCCACAGAGGCUCAGAUGGAUAGGAGCACCAGCAGCAAUCCUAGCCUUCCUCUUUCACCUGAGAGUCGUCCUCAGCUGGAUAUGGAGGUCGUGGAGAGCACCAACAGUGCCGCGUUCAUGUUGCUGACGGUGCCACGCGAACGUAGUUCACCACAAGGUCUUCGGGGCCCCAGCCCAAGCUGUUAUGGCCCGCUGCCGACGGUGUUAGGCCGCCGCGACUGUUCCAAGAGCUCCUCGAAGAGUAUCGCUGCUUGUUACCAAUUGAACCCCAGCUCACCUCAGUCUGGCUCGCUUGGUUUGCCGCGGUCCCCUAACACAUCUUCCUGGCUGCCUGCGCGCUUCCGCCGAGAAGUUUCUGAAGACGGCUUUGGCCCCAGCUACCUCGACACGGCGGCCGCCUCGCGUGAGUCCGACAUCACCCUACGGAAGUGGAGCGUGGGUGUCAGGACCUUGUUGCAAUUGCAGGAGGGCCACUUCGCUUACUGGAUCUUAUUCUUCGCGCUCACCAGCGUGCUCCUGGUAGUCACUGCACUUUACGCCGUCUUCAUGGCACCCAGGGAUGAUUUGCAGACCAUUGACUGGCGCCUACGACACGACCUUACAGAGCAGCCCGAGCCUGGCUGCAUUGUCGCAGACCACGCUGGCUUCUACUCCAUUUUGGCAGCAUCUGCUGUGGCAGGCUGUGCAGCAUGCUUGAUGUUUGUGAACGCUGGGCACUCCGCGCACAUCCUCUCAGCGGCCGGAUAUGCGCUGCUCAAUUGGUUCCAAGGGUUGGUGGCAGCCAUCUUGCCAGCGCACGAGCGUGCCAAGAACGGAUGCGCCUAUGGGAUGAUGCAGAAAACCUUCGCCCCGCAGGAGAUGAGCUCCUAUGACAACGUCGACUACUACAAAGAGUACUAUGGGGUGAUCAUCGUGCGGACCCUCCUGUUUCUGGUUGGCCUCAUUUGGAUGCAGCACCUCAUGGUGAGACGGGUUCUGGCCGUUGAGACCACGUCCCGGCGCUACCUGGGAGGAAAGUGCUUGGCGACGAACAUCGCAGUGCAAAAGGUGGCGGCCAUUGUGGCGUGUGGCGUGAGCGUUUGGAUCUACACCUCACUUGAUGAUGUAGAGCCCGCGCCCGAAGUGCAGGAGGCUGCGGCCAGCUUGCAUUUUCUUGGCCAUGUUUCCUUUUGGCAGCGUUGCUCACAAUGCACUUACUUUGUCGGCUUGCUCUUCUUUCAGCUGAUUCUGGGAGGCCUCAACGUGAUCCUCUUCAUCGGCACCGCUGUCACGGUGUUGGUGGUGAUGCGCAUCAUCCUCCGGGACCUGAGCAAGGCGCUGGUCGUCACCAACGAGUUUGCGCAGACCCAUCCGCGUACCAGGCGUGCUGGGCAGCAGCUGAAGCGUGCCCGGACCGUGGUGAGACGCCAGCUGGCGGGUGUGGCCUUGAACGUGCUGGCCAGCUUUGGGGUGGUCCCUUUGGCGGUGAAGACCAUCCUGGAUGGCCGUGGAUACAUCAGCGAGCAAGAGCUGGCCCUGAGGACUGCUGCUCAGGUCCUGGACAUCGCGUCCUGCGUGGCGGCGGCGCUGAUCCUGUCGGGCGGCUACCGGCGCCCAGUGGAGGGGCGAAAGGUGCCGGUGUCACAGGGUGAUGCUGCCGAGCCAUGCACCUGCCAGUUCGCCACCUUGGAGUCUGUGCAGGCGAAGCCUCCAAACAUGACCAGAGCUUCCACCUCGAUGAGUGUCUCGGGCCUCUUGCGGAGCUCGAGUGCCUGGAAAGCAAAGGUCAUGGACCUGGCAGAGCGGGGCGUCACGGUACGAGAGCUCCUGAGCUUUUAUCGCAAUUUGAAGACCGUGAUGCCGCACUUCCGGCCGUCGAUUCACACCACGCAUGAUGUCGUUCGCCAUGCCAUCAUCCCCAUGACCAAGCACAAGAAGACUUCCUAUGUGCAGGCCUUCAGCGAACGCGUGCAACAGCCUGGGAAGAUGGUCACGCAUUGGUGGGGCAACCGCUUCGUGGAUUUGAUCGCUGCAGUGGUGGCCGACGCCUUGGAGGAGUCGAGCUAUGGCUUGGUUUCACGCUUGCUGCAGAAGGAAAUUGACGUGAUUGAGAAGAUGCUAGAGCGCUGCGAUCGCCUGGAUGAUUGCUAUUGGAUCUGUGCUUUCUGUGUGAAUCAGCACGCCGCCAUUUGUGAUCACAACCACGACACGAAGGAUUCUCUCACUGGACUGCCGCAUCCGCUCUGCGAUUGCGGCCUUCCGAAGCACCUUGGGCGGAUGAGAUUUUGGAGCUCCUUCCAUGUUGGUCGGUGUGGAUUGGUGAACAUUCGGGGGCUUUGA